CCCGGUCUCGAGUGGUUCUCAGAUUUGCCACAGUGCUGCGCACUGAAGCCCAGAUCAACUGGCUGGCUGAAUUCAGAAGGCCCCGAGGCGCGUGCAGUGUCGUCCGCUACCCCGCGUAAUGCGCAGUGUUUGUGCCGUCACGGGAGGUCCGCGCGGGUAGUUUAGUGAUCUGCGCGAGUAUCGCGAGUAUUUUGAAGUUUUAGAGCAAAUAUGGCAGUGUGCAGCUCACGAAUGUUAAAAUGGUUCCCGUUUAACCCCAGCCUCUCCGAGGAAAUGGAGAGGUUAUUUGCUCCUGCUAGUGAUUCCUAUGAUGACAUCAUGGAGGAAUUCCGGGCCAACGGGCAGGACUCAGAGUACUGCCCCGACUCGGAGGAGGAGCUGCCGGGCACGCUGCGGGGCCCCGGGUCUCGCCAGCGCCGCGGGAAGGGUUUGGGGCUGGUGCUAGCGGGGGGCGGGUUCAUGGGGCGCGCGCUGCCGCCCCCGCCCCCGCCGCCCGCCAGUCCGCCCGACGGCCCCGGCCCGCAGCCGGCGACCACCGCCGCCUCGCCCAUCGCGAACCCCGCCAUCGCGAACCCCGCCGCGGCGCGGCCGGCCGCCGCCGCCUUCGCCCUGGGGCUGCUUCCGCCCCCGGGCACAGGCCUGCACUGCGCCUUCUGCCGCAACAACGGGGAGACGGUGGAUUCUACUCGGGCCACAUCCUCAAGGACGCCAAGGUCGCGUGCAGUGCCCGAUUCUACGCGCGUACACGUGCCCCAACUGGCGGCGCCAACGGCGACCGGCCCACACGCUCAAGUACUGCCCCAUGGGCGCCCCGCCGUGGCCGCCGCCCUGGAGUGCCGACCCCGGCCCUGCAGCAGGCGACGCCCGCCGCUGUCGCCGCCGCGCGUGAGGGCCCCAGCCGCUGGCGCAGCCAAGGCGCUGCAGGCGGCGAUGGCGGCGACCCCCAGCGGGCCUCUCUCCAAGGCGCUGGCGUCUGCCUCGGCGGUGGGCGCCGCCGCCGCUCGUUCGCGC